AUGAAGGCUUUUGUUGCAGUUAUCCUCGGUUUAGUGGCCGUGUGUUUUGUUAAAGCUAAUGAUAAACCUGUCGUUGGAGGACUUGGUAAAGCCAAACUCGCCACUCCAGAAAUCCAGGAACUUGUUGACUCUGUGCAAGAUGAUAUAAUCAGCAAUCUCCCUAUUGGAUACGACAGAGAAAUGCCACUUCGCCUUAAAGCUCGCUUUUACAGGACACAAGUCGUUGCUGGCACUAACUAUUUUAUCAAGAUUCAAACAGGUCCGUUGAGGUUUAUCCACGUUAGAAUUUAUAAAGACCUUAAUGGUGUCGCUUCCGUUUCCGGUGUCCAGAUCAACAAGCUCCUCAGAGACGCACUUGAAUAUUUUUAAAGCAAUUUAACAUAUUUUCACAAACAACCAUUGAUAAAUUUAAAAAUUUCAAGGUCUUUUGAUUUCCUGUUGAUGUAAUGUUUUUGG